AUGCUGCACUUGGGUGAAGCACCUUCCGAUAAAAAGACUUCAAAAAAUAAAAAGACUUUGAGAACUUCAUUUCUUCCCACUGUUUUGCCUUCAUCAGUCACAUCUGAUAUGUCACGAGCACAGAAUAAACUAUUGACAUACCGAAGAUGUAAGGAACAGCGAAAGAUGCUUAAUCAGUUACUAAUUGAUCAAGCUUUAAAAGCCUAUCACAUAUCCAUAGAAGAAAAACAUCACAGAGAUCCUGUACCUCCUGUUCCAGAACUGCCUUCCACUGAAAAUUAUCUCUUUCUGAAGAAGUGUGUGAGAAGUAAUCCACUAGUUCCCAUUCCGCAGCAGUGGUUGAAGGCCAUUCUCUCACUGGUGCCACAGUCGUUUAUGGAAGGCAGAGAGCUGUUAGCUGAAAAGGUUUUGAGGGAGAUAAUAAGGGAUUAUGAAAUGAGCAUGAGAAGAUUUAUGGUGCGAAAUGUUCUUAGUAAACCAGACGUAAAAGGACUUGAAGAUGAAGAAGAGGCACCUUUGCCAUCAUUACCUCUAGGCCUAGACUUUUCUAGACCAUGGCAUAAUAGUUUUAUCCAAGCGAAAAAAAAAAUCGUUUCCAGCUUGCACAUUCUCCACCCCACAAUGAGAGAACUACUGGAUUUUGGUUAUGCAGCAUUAUCUGAUGUACUUAUAGUGGAUUUUUCAAGUUUCAGAUUGAAAGGACCAAUUGACUGUGAAUCUUGGAAGACCGAUGUCUCUUUAAGCUGUUCUAAAGCAGAAGUGAACAUACUGAAUACGUGGUAUCAGAGAGUUGUCAGUCUCUUUAGUCAGACAAAGGCAUUGGAUGGUAUAAAGCUGGAUCAGACUGACUCUUUUUAUAACUCUGUGGCUGUGAUUAUGUCUAAUCAGGUGAAAGAAUUAUUGAGAAGAGCAGUUGAAGCUUUUGUGAAACUUUUUGAUCCUCAAGACAGAUGUCGCCUACCUUUGUUUAAGAUGGAAUUGACUCUUGAUGAAAAGAGAAUGGAGUUUCAUCCAAGCUUUCAAGACCUGGAAGAAGCAAUUCUGUUUGUAGUAAAUCGUAUAGGACAGACUCUCCAGAACAUCCAAACAGUACAUUCUUGGCGAAUGGGAGACACUAAAACUCUGGACACUGAGCUUCCGAAUGAUGUCGUAUUAUGGGCCACAUCUACACUGAAAAAAUCUAUCGCAGACAACUUAGAAGGUCCAAAGGUAUACUUUGAAAACUAUGUUGAACGGUAUGGCUGGCUUGUAGAUGGAACUGCACAGGCACGAAUGGAAAAAUUUGAAGCGGAAGAACACAGUUUUGAUGAAUAUACUGCUCUUAUAGAUGAAUUCUUCAACCACAAGAAGGAAAUCUUGAGUUUAUCUACGGUGGCUGAUUUCCCUAUGAUCUGCUUGAAUAGUGAGGAUUUAAAGCAAGGCUUGGCUGGUAAUGCAGAGGGCUUUGCAGAAAUACUAAUAGACAGAAUAGUUACAAAUUACAGAAAGGAAAAUGAAAAGAUAUGCAGGGAGUAUGAAACAAUUAAGGAACGUGCCUUGAAAGUUCCUGAGACAACAGAAGAAAUGGUGGAAACAAUAGCUUACGUAAAGAAAGUCAAAACCAAAGGUGUGCAGGACCUGUCAUUAAGGGUCAAGGAGUGCUGUCAGCAAAUGUUGUACUUCUUGGAGUGUUUUCUCUUUACUUCUGAAGACGUUGCACUGAAUGCAACAGUUAUGUCAUGGCCGAAGAAGAUUGGCCCUAUAUUUGAUGAGCAUGAUCAUCUGAUGGAACAGUCUAAAAGGAAAGGAGAGAAAGAACUAAUGCAUAAACGUGAGAAACUGAUGGUAGAAUUAGAUGAUCUGUCAUGUUCUGUGACGAAGUUUGAAGACUACUCAGAACAGGAUUGCAUGCAACAGUAUGUGGCUGAACUGAGGGGAUUACAGAAACGGAUACAGGAGGCUGACGAAACAGUAGCUGUUAUUAAUAAAGAAGAGACUCUGCUCGAAUGGAAACCAAGUGACUUCCCACUCCUCAACAACUUAAAAGUUGAGAUUGAACCGUAUCAGAAACUGUUUCAUCUUAUACUGAAGUGGCAACGAACAGAAAAAAGAUGGAUGGAUGGUAACUUCUUGGAAUUAAAUGGGGAAAGCAUGGCGACUGAAGUUGAUGAGUUUUUGAGAGAGAUACACAUAGCGUCACGACUCUUCCAACAAAAGCAGAAAAAACUUCAGCAAGGGCAGAAAAAGACAUCGCAGCAUGGAACUGUAGAAGAGAAGACAGAAGAAGAAAUAAAGGCAAACCCAACCCUUACAAUGUGUUCUUCAGUUCUGGAGCAGAUAAAAGUCUUUAAGGAGAAUAUUCCCACUGUGAUUGUCUUUUGUAACCCUGGCAUGAGAACUCGUCAUUGGCAGCAGAUGUCAAAUAUAGUAGGAUAUGAUGUAACACCAGACUCUGGAACUACCCUGAGAAAAGUUUUAAAGCAGAAUCUGACCCCUUAUUUGGAAGAGUUUGAAGCAAUAAGUGUAGCUGCAAGUAAGGAAUUUUCCUUAGAGAAAAUAAUGCAUGCCAUGAUGGAAACCUGGGAUACAAUUUCUUUUAAUACAAAUGUGUAUCGUGAGAGUGGUAUUCAUAUUCUGUCUGCGGUGGAUGAGAUUCAGUCUGUUCUUGAUGAUCAGAUUAUAAAAACUCAGACAAUGAGAGGAUCACCUUUCAUUAAACCGUUUGACAAAGAAAUCAGG